AUGGCUCUUGCAAAGCCUGGUGACCUCCGAGGCUCUGCUGUGCCUCACGACAUUGUCAGCACCCCCGUGUCUAGAUUUACUGUUCAGGGCUGUGAUCAACACAUCAAGCCAUUGAGUUCGAUAGUGUGGGACAAACGAUGGAAGAUCCUGGUCGCUUUCAAGUAUCUUCGCAUUCCAUACCACGAGUUGGCUGUGCUCGAUCGUAAACACGCUGCGGAUCCGCGCGUGAAGAUAAUUGCCAUGAAAAACGCGAAGCUUAGCUUUUCUGCUUCAGUUGGCUCUGAUCCUGGGCGUCAUAUACGAUAUAGCCCGGCUGGUGCUCCUUAG